UUAAUACUGGGAGUGAUGGGUAGACGAAGCUAGGAACAAAGAGCAAUUGAAGCUGAAAGCUAAGUAUUCACUGUUUCCUGUGCACAUCUCUAAAUAUGCCACAGUCAUUCAAAUUAGAGAAGUCCUCAUAAAAAUGUGGGAAGACUCCAGUCGUCCUUCAGACGUGAGUCAGUGCAAAGAGGUUAGGAAAUAACAUAGGUCAUAAAUUUUUGUUGAAUUUAAUGUCAUCUAGGUUAUCAUACCGUCUUCCUUCUGCACCCACAUAAGCCCUGGACAGAAGAGAACCACUAAAGGAAACCUUUUCCUGUAAUAUCUGUAACUAGUUGAGGGAGAAGUUCUAAUAUCCUAUCCUGGUCAGCUGCCCCCACCCCCUGGGGUAGGGAACCUGUAGGUAGCUAGGUGAGAUUAGCUUUGAACAGGGACUAUUAGGGUUCCCCUCCACACAAGCCCAUUUUAGUCAGUAGUUGGAAUCAUUUUUAUAGUAUGGCUUUCUUCCUGUUUUCACUUUAGUUAACAUCCAAGUGACACAAAGUAAUUUUGCAACACAACUUAGUUUGUAAUGUUAUCCUGAAUGGCUUCAUCUCUUCCUCUGUCUUCUGACACACUGACAUUCCUUCUUCACACACACCAAGAACACAUCAGCAUCAGAGACACUGUACUUGCUGCUGCUCUGUGCCUGGAACUCUUCCCCUCAGUUUGCAUUGCUCACUCCUCACUUCUUCCAGGCCUCUGCUCAGAUGUCCCAUUAGCCAUCAGGCCUUUCUUUACCACCUCCUAUUGCCCACACUUCUAACCCCCUUACCCUGUUAGCUUUUCUUCAUGGCACUCAUCACCAUCUGAUAUACAGCAUAUUAUUUAUUUAGUAUCCUUCCCCCACCCAGUAGAAUGAGUCCUGACACAGAAGACUGUGUCCCCAGCAUGGCACACAGCAGGCAUUCAAUAAAUAUUGAAAAAGUGUCACUUCUAAGGCUCUUACAUAAUCUAUAUCACUAAGUUAAUCACAUUGUAAUUUGAAACCUUUACUUUUAGAAUAGUUUUCUGUUAAUAUACUCCCAAGUACUAGGACUAGGGGAUCUGGGGGGACUCCUUAAUUUGGGAGCUCAUUUUACUACUUUCCUCUUAGUAAUUUUAAGUCACUGGAAGAUGCUUUCCCUUUUUUCUUGGUGUUUUAAAGGCUCAGAAAGAGGCAGGAUGAAACAUAUCAAAUGUGGCUUUAAGUAUAUAAGUAAUAUUUUUGAAAGUUUAAAACAAGAUUCCAGCUCACCUGUAUAUUUGCAUUUACAAUAACUGUACUUAGACCUUCCUUUCUGAGUACACUGACCCUGUGCUGCCUCCAGAUGGCCCUCCUUCUUGAAUGUGGCUUUAGUGCAGUUGUACACACAUACCCCUUGUAUAAUGAGUUUGCAAUCCCUGUGAAGUUCAGCAGUACUCCAGUUUGCAUACCAGAAGGAAGGGUUUCAUCCUCUCACCCUCCCCUGUUAAUAGAUUACUCAUCAUCUCUGUCCUAAUAAUCUUCAAGUUUCUGGGCCAUAGUUGCCUACACUUCUUUAUAAAAUGAAUCCAUUCAGUAAUAUUACUGUAAGGUUUAAUGAUACAAGAUAGGGCAAGUUCUGUGGAUAAUGUGCAAAUAUAACAUACCUGUUUUUCCUCCCUUGCAGCAAACCAAGAGGAAACUAGACGAUGCCAGCAAACGCUUGGAGUUUCUGUAUGAUAAACUUAGGGAACAGACAUCCCAUCAGAGAAAGAUAACCAUUUAUCUCAUGAGAACCAAACCAAAGGAAGUCAAUAGCAGUGGACAUAGUGUGGUCCAAGGCGUGAUCCAGAGUAAAAUCUUCCCUCAGAAGUGUGGACAUCUUUCACCCACAAUCAUCAAUGGUUUGCACAACAUUGCAAGGAGCAUUGAAACUCGAAACUAUUCAGAAGGAUUGACCAUCCAUACGCACAUAGUCAGCACCAGCAACUUCAGUGAGACCUCUGCUUUCAUGCCAGUUCUCAAAGUUGUUCUCACCCAGGCCAAUAAGCUGGGUGUCUAAAAGGACAGCUUCACUCCCAGCCAGUAUUGCCGUUUUCCCAAAGAAACAUGUUUUAAAAAAAUGAUAAGAUAUGGACCAAUCUUCAUUAGCAUGUUUCCAUAGCAGCCAGGCCAGAGCACUUACACUAUUUCUGCAGAUAUACUCACCUCACAACUGCUCAAAACCCUGGUACUUUCUUUUGUUUUACUCUUUUAUUGCCCAUGAUGAUUUGCCUUUUCUGCAAAUAGUGUAUUUCCUGAAUUAUACAUAGUGUGUUUUCCUGAGGUCUUCUGAUAAAAUGUGGCUUUGAAAACCUCAGUAUACUUUUUGGAAAAGGAGCAUCUGGUUAUGUAUAAAUAAAGCAGAGCUAAAACUGAAUUUCAUGUCCUCCCCACUUCCUCCAUGUCAAUCAGAUUAAAGUGUGUAAUCCUAUUUUAUGUGUAUGUAGUCUUUUUUAAAAACAGCUGCUCACUGGUUUAAUCCCUGUUUUUUGUGUGCUUGGCUUUACUCUGUCCUAUACAAAUAAAAUCUAAAGGUUGUUACAUAGAUUUUAGCAAAUAUUAAUAAAAAUUGGGAUCACUAGCUUGAAGUAUUUAAAGGAAAAGACUGGGCAUUUUCAUUCUGUAGAAUGCAUUGAACUUUUUUCUAUUAAUAAAUGUUUUCAAUAUUCUGUUUGAGUUUUAA